AUGGGAAUCACCUUUACGUUGCAAAAUUGGUUAUAUCAACGGUUGGGAAAGGAGACUUUUGCCUCUUCACUACUGGAAGAGCUCAAGAACAAUAAAACAAAAUGUUUUGAACUACUGGAGAUUGUUGGCCAUGUUGCUGAGUUCAGGUCUGAUCCCAAGUAUCUGUCUUAUUAUUACUCUAAUGUUGGUGUGGACCCCAGGCUGCCCCCUCCUCUGUUGUCGACGGAGGAUUGGAGGUUUGUUCAGAGGUUAAAAUCCUCGAGCAAUCCCUUUUAUGAUUUUGAGGCGUACUUCACCUUGGAGAAGACAUUGGACUUCAUCCUUUAG